ACGCGUCACUGGGCCAGUGGGUCAUUUGAGGCCACGGAGCCUGGUAUAAGAGCUCGGGACGGCCAUGGGCGGGUCGUGUGCGCGCUCGUAGGUUUGAACCUACCGUGUCUGGUGAGCAAGUUCUCAUGGAUUAGCCCUCUACCCUCCUCCUGGGUUUGUUCGAAUGGAAUACAGUUCAAGCAUAAGAUGACUACGGCUGUGUUGACCCCAGUGUUGGGUCUGAUGGUCCCGAUGGUCUGGUGUAGUGUGGUCACAAGCCUUGUGUUGGCAGUCUGUACGUUGGCAUGGAGACUACGGUACAGCGCAAUGAAAGAUCCAGCUUCGUCCCUCCCCCUCCCUCCCGGCUCAUUGGGCUGGCCUAUAGUUGGAGAGACGGUACAAUUUGUUGUGCAGGGCGCUCAGUUCUAUGUCGAUCACUUCAAGCGCUACGGGCCAAUCUACAAGACCCACCUACUGGGCAGCCCAACAGCACGUGUGUCCGGGGCAGAACAUCUGCACCAUCUGUUGAACAGCGAACCCCAGAGCCUCACAAUGAAACUGCCGGGCUCAGUGCGCCAUAUGAUGGGCAAGGCUAGUCUUGUUACCUCCAAGGGUGAUGACCAUGUCAGAAUGAAGAAGAUCAUCCUGGAAGCUUUCACAACCACCAGACUGAGCGACUACCUGCCGUGUGUACAACAAAAUACGCAAAGACGCAUCAAGUCCUGGUGUGGACAAGGUCGCAUUCUGGGUUUCCAGGCGUGUGAACAGCUGAUUGUGGACCUUGUCCUGGAGCUGGUGCUUGGCUGUAGACUUGAGAAUGAUCGGGACGGCAGUGUGCGGAAAGCGGUCAUGACCAUCAACAACAACUUGUUCUGUGUACCACUCAACAUCCCAGGAGGAGGAUUCUACAAAGCUUCUAAAGCAAGGGCGAUAAUCUCCGAGUUCGUUUUGCGACGACUUGCUGACAAGGGGGAUAAAGAGCAUGUGAGCAUGUUGGAGGUGUUCCUGGCUGCACACCACACUGAAGUGGGUGCCGCUGGGAAAGGCGCUGGUCAAGGGCUCACAGCGGAGGAGAUCGUAGACAACGCCAUCAGUUUGAUGAUCGCUGGUACGGGCACCACUUCGGGGGCGCUGUGUUGUCUGCUUCUUCUUCUCGGCCAGCACCCAGAAGUGGUGGAAGAAAUAAGAGAGGAGCUGAAUACUGCCGGACUGCUCUCCCCUGACGGCCCGGGAGAACUGAGCUAUGACGUGCUGCAAACGCUGGAGUUCACUCAGAGCGUAAUCAAGGAAUCCUUGCGUCUCCACACGCCAGCCGGAGGGGCCUUCAGGAAAGCGGAAAAACCUCUAGAAGUUGCGGGCUACCACAUUCCAAAAGAUUGGACAGUUGUGUACAGCAUCAGGGACACACACAAAAGUUCCAAAGUCUUCAAAGAUGUUUCUGAGUUCAAACCGUCUCGAUGGCAAGACGCCGAGUUGUCUGAACGGCUUCACAGGGAAAACCCUUGCCACUACAUGCCCUUCGGACGAGGACCAAGAGCUUGCGUAGGCAAAGCGCUCGCAACAAUGGAGAUGACGGUCUUCCUCGUGGAACUCUGCCGACUUGCGACGUUUGAGCUACAUAACCCUGAUGCAGACAUGGUGUUCCUUCCGGUGACAAAACCAGCAGACGAUCUACCGGUGACUUUCUAUGCUCGUAAAGAAAAAUCAAACUGAGAGUCUGGACAAUAAUAGAAACGCACUGAGCUUUGAUACUUGGUUUCUAGAUAAUACAUGUAUUUCCAUUCACUACUUGUUUGAGCGGCCUGUCUUAUUUGGAACGAUAAUAUUGUUUGUUUUAAAGUUGUAAAGUUGAGAGAUACAGGGUUCAAAACCCAACUCAUAUUGAGGGCCAAGUUUGAUCUUGUUUUCAAGUCUUUUGGAUUAGGCGAGAUAGCCUAGUGAAAUAACUAUUACAAUAUAAUCGAUAUCCAUAUUAUAGGAAUUCUAUUUAUUUAUCGUGGUUCUGUCCAGGGUACGAUUGUGAAACUUAGAAAAUCAUUGUUUGUUGUGAGGGGGUGGGGGGGUUAAUCUAUUGAUUUAAAUGUCAUAUUUGGUUGUAAUUACGUGUUGUUCAUUGAGCAUCAUACUCCCCCCUCCCACUGAUCUUUUCUCUUGAUUGAAAACCUGUUCCUGCAGGAGGAAAAAAGAGGAAAGGUUUUGAAGGCAUCAUUAUCAGCUGACACUGUACAAACGUUUUAGAGAUUUCACACUAAAUGUGUAAAUGGAAUAGGGACUCACGAGAAUCAUUCAUGCUUUAUGCUUGCUUUUUUAAAUGAUUUUUAGAAUGUCGUGAUUAUUCCUACUCACCUUUGUAGAUAAAUUAUGAGCUACUGUGAAUGAAUGAAUGGGCCAAUGAACGGAAAAAUGAAAGAGUGACAGUGGAGAUAAUGAUGGUGAUGAUGAUGAUGACGAUGAUGGUGAUGGUGAUUGUGAUGAUGAUGACAAUAGUAUCUCUACAUUAAAAUUAUGACUUAGGGUUUUACUUUUUAAAUCAAACUGUAAGUCACGAAUGACCACUCUGUAAACAGAACAAAAUAAAAGAUUACAACUUACUCCGGAAUCUCACAUUAAACUCGUGAAAGCAUAAUACGAUCUAUCUAAAGUUGAUUUAAACUUGUUUUAUCGUUCAUAUACAGCUGUGUUCGAUAACAUGUUGUCUUGAAAUCAAAAUAUUGAAUCCGUAAAAUUACUAUCAAAUUUCUUUUGAUUCACUUUUUUGUCCAUUGUGAGCUUUAAGUUUGAUCAUACUCCAGUAGUCAAAUUCACAACUUAGUUACGCAUAACAUCAAAUCAUUGAUUUUAUAGAGCAUUAUAUGCAAAUUCUAUCUGCAAUGAUUGCCUAUUAGGCAUAGUAUUAUUAUUCCCAGCCCAGUACCGGUUCUACCAUGACUUAUAUAAACAGAUUUCAUUAUAUUCAUCGAAUGUCAUCAUUGAUUGCUGUAUUUCAAAUAAUCCCGAUGAACAAUUUUCAUUUUCAAAACCGGUUUACAAAUCCAGUCACACAUUUCGUUUCAGUCGUCUUUGGUGUCUUUCUUUUCAAGCACCAAGAUACAUUUCCAUACUGUAUAUUUUACUCACAUAUGUAUUCAACCAAUGAUUAAAUGUACUUUUGUGUUAUGUAUUCUAGUAUAUCGUUCUCACGCCCUGCUUUAUUGCAGUUUGGCGUUGGGUCCGUGAAACUACUCAGUGCCAUAUUCUGAGAUUUUUUUCCUGUAUAAUGUGAGGAUGCAUAAAUCAGUGCCAUGUUCUACAGAAACACGCUGAAAUGUUUUCCUGUGCGUUUUCGGGAUCUGUGAGUCUACUCAGUGCCAUAUUAAUUGCUGACAGAUCUGGACACAUUGUCUUUUCCUUGUAUAAUCCUAAGAUUCCUUGGGUCUGUGCCAUAUUCCAUAUCGACAGAUCUACAUGUCUUCCCUUUCCCCUGUUUACUAUGGGGAUUCCGUGAGUCUUCUCGGUGCCAUGAGAGAACGAGAGAGAGAGAGAGAGAGAGAGAGAGAGAGAGAGAGAGAGAGA